UUUGUCUCGCGCCGUGCUCUUCUUCUUGACACUGCUCCUCUCGUGCUUGAAUUAGUAGCUCGCGUCGCCGGGCAACUGAGACCUCUAAACGCCCAUCUUUACGGGCGAGCAGAACAAGAUAGACUUGCUUUGCUCGUGCUUUGUCUGCUCUCCCUUGGCCUCGAAUGGUCUUUCUCUUCUGGGCCCUCGCCUCAGUCAGCUACUGAUUUACAACAGUCUCACGUCCAAUUACAACCGUGA